AUGUCGUCACGGAGAUUAAAAGCUGCCGCAACUAGGGGAAAAAACCGUGCCCGCGAAGAACAAGAGCAGUUAGCCCUGCAACGGCAAGUUGCUGCGUCAGGUGGCCGAACAGCGAAGAGGAAAGCUGGCGAACAGGCAUCUGUCAUCAAGAAGAAGAAACAAGAUGCACCGCCAUCCCAGGCGACUGCUGUUAUAGCUCGUUCCUCAUCAAGGAGAGUACAAUGUCAGGAUUCCAGCUUUGAAGAAGAGGACGGAUGUGGGAGUUCAUCCGACUCGGGCGACAAUUUGGCGGGCACCAACAACGAGGAAGAACUUGAAGAAGAAAUGGAAGCUGAGCGCCACGACUCAGACAACAACGGGCUUGCGACUAUCGCAUCGGUCGAUAGAAAUGCGUUGUUGGCUUCCGAGGCACCUAUUAUACAUACGCGCCUGCAGAGGCUUGAAGCGGUGGCUCUCUUUGACGAUGACGACAAUGUUGUCGAGGCCACAAGUUCACGUACCAGCACUCACCAUCGCUCAAGCUCAGCCCAAUCCAGUUCCAACGCAAGGUUUAUCAAUCCACCUGCCUCUGCCAUCGAUGACUACGAUAUGCAGAACAGAGAUCAGAGCCACAGUGAGGAGGUGUCAGAUCCUGAAGAUCAAGCCACGGCUUUCCGUAAUACACGAACGGAGGAUAGCCCUCAGGGUUCUCGGCCGUACCGACCUCUCAAGCAACGAAAUGUCCGAACAAUCAGAAGCCACGAUGAUCUCAACGUCGACCCGCCAUCGACUCUGUCAAAAGCGCCUGCCAACCAAAGAAUUUCAAAGCCAAAGAAGUCAGUUCGUCAAGAGAAUUUCGAGAAGGAGGUCCCAGUCAUUCAACAUACUUCAGCUCAAGCACGAGUACUGAAGAACAACAGCGAGAAGGGGACAAGUCGGAAGCCCAUCUCAGACAUCGCACUUGAACGGGAAUGGCCAUCAUGUGCAACACUCGUGGAUCAUCCUACAGGGAAAAGCGUGAUACGAAUAACUGACCAGCCACACGAAAUCCAACGCGUCAUCCAGCACACUCUCAAGAUAGCCACAAUCGAACUCGUAUACAUCAACGCCUAUCCCGAUCCCGCCAACCUCACUCAAAACACUCGAAAACUUCUGCUCACAUCGGCACGAGGUCUCAAUUGCGACUAUCCACGGCAGGGAUAUAAAACCAUCAAGGAACGUAUCAAAUCACCAGAUCAUGAGUUCACGGACACUAUGGGGAAGGUUCUAAUCACCUGA